GAGAAGAAGGAAAACUCAGAGGGAAGUGGCCUCUUACCAAACCCUCUGACGUUCUCAGCACUGGCCAGAUUGAAACUGCCAUUCCGGGGGAGAGAGGCCCAGACCCAGAACUUCCACCUGUGUGAGGCUCUGAAGCUGCUCAUGAAUCCCCGAAAGAAAGUGGACUUGAAACUUAUCAUCGUUGGCGCUCUUGGUGUGGGGAAGACCUCUCUCCUUCACCAAUAUGUACACAAAACAUUUUUUGAGGAAUACCAGACCACACUGGGGGCCAGCAUCCUCUCCAAAAUUAUCAUACUGGAUGACACAACUUUGAAGCUCCAGAUCUGGGACACAGGUGGUCAAGAGCGGUUCCGCUCCAUGGUAUCAACGUUCUACAAAGGUUCCGAUGGCUGUAUCCUGGCGUUUGAUGUCACUGAUCCAGAGUCCUUUGAAGCCCUGGGUAUCUGGAGGGAUGACGUCCUGGCAAAGAUCAUCCCCAUGGAGCAGUCAUAUCCCAUGGUAGUGCUUGGGAACAAAAUCGAUCUGGAAGACAGGAAGGUGUCCCAGGAGGUGGCCCAUGGAUGGUGUAAAGAGAAGGACAUGCCUUACUUUGAAGUUAGUGCCAAGAAUGACAUCAAUGUGGUACAAGCCUUUGAGGUUCUGGCCAGCCGGGCACUCUUGAGGUACCAAGGCACCGUAGAGAAUCACCUUGUGGACUCUAUCAAGCUCUCACCAGGCCAGCCAAAGAGCAGGUGCUGCUGACUCCUGGACCCGCAGCUGUGUGCAGGCCACUCACUCCAAGCUCAACCCCACCAGUCCCCGGCAUGCCCCUACCAAGCCAGGAGGGCAGCAGGAGAGAGUGUCACAGGCAAAUCCUGGCCCCAGAGAAGGUGUCACAGGAGUCUCGAUGGCUCACGCUCUUCUGCUUCCACUCCCCUGACACAGUCCUGCUCAUCUCUGCAGACAGGCUGCUCCCUUGAGCCCUGCGGACCUAUAGCUUCGGAUGACGCUGACGGUGUGGUUCUGCUUCAGCCAGGCCAAGGAGCCAGGACAUGGACCACUCACUCCUCCUGACAGGCAGAAGCCAACAGGCCUGAGACCUCCUGCGGCUUCUUCCAGGGAGAAGUGAGGAAGCAAGACGGGAUGCUGUUGUUCCUGCCUCCCAGGUGCUCACACAGCUCCCAUAACUGACCAGGCCUCAGCGUGCCCAUCUGCCAGAUCAGCGGUCCCAAAGUCCCCCGUAUCCCACUGUGGUUUGAGGACCAGACGAUGCAUCUAAGUCCCACUUGCUGCUACUGGCACACACGUUGACUCCUUCAGCAAGCGUUUUUGAUGCCUUCUCUGUACACGGCACUGAGCACACUGGCAACACAUGUCCUUAUCCCCCAAAGGACAUCUGG